AUGAGUUACGAAUAUUUAAAUAAGUAUGAUGAUUUUAUAAAUACAUAUGAUACGCUCAAUCACUUACAACCAAAUGAGUCAAUUGAAGAGUUUUUUCAACAGAUUGAAACUAUUUUAAUUAAAAAAUACAAAGUUUCAGUUAAUGUAAUCAUCAGAAACCUAGUCAAUGCAUGCAAAUGGAACUACAGAUCUAUUGAUUCUUAUAUCAAAAUCCUCAAUCUUCUUUUCAAUAAGUAUUCACUUACAACAGCUGAAGUAACUAAAUUUUUAAUUGAAACCAGAUUCGAAGGAAUGAAAAUUACAUCAAAUAAUAAUGAAAUUUUCGUUUUCGAAAAGGAUACAACUGAUGAUGAACUAAAUAUAAUGAUAAUGUAUGAUCAAAUCGACAAAAUUAAAGAAUUUUUCAUUAAUAUCUCACCAGAAGACAUAAAAAUAAAUAUUCUUAGCUUUUCAUUUGAUGUUCUUGAAGCAUGUGCAUAUUUUGGAUCAAUUAAUAUCUUUAUUUAUCUUAUUUCCAAUUUCAAUUAUAAAAUCAGUGAUAAAUGUCUCAAGUAUGCAGUUAUUGGUCGAAAUACAGACAUUAUCAAUGAAUGCUUGAAAAAUAAAAAAGUUGACUUGGAUAUCUUAAAGGAUGCAAUAUUAUCUCAUAACAAUGACUUUAUUGAAGACAUUAUUCAAAAAAAUUUAAUUCGUUUUGGUACAUUUAUUUUAUUUGGCAUUAUCGAUUCUAGAAAUUUGAAAUUAUUCUUCAUAAUGCUCAAAAAAGACAAAAACUCAAUUGUACCAUGGUGUGCAGCAUUUCCACAAUGUGCUGAAAUAUUUAAAAAUGAAAGUCUUGAUUUGAAUAUAACUGAUUCAGCCCAAAUGAAUGUUCUUCAUAUUGCUUCCUAUUAUGGCAAUACUGAUGUUUGCAAAAUAAUAUUAAACUCAUCUGUUGAUUAUCAUCCACUCAUUAAUGCAAAGGGAUUGUAUAAACAAACACCUCUUCAUUUUGCAUCGCGUGCAAAUUGUAAAGAAAUCGUUGAGCUUCUAAUCUCACAUGGGGCAGAUAUUAAUGCCAAAAAUAAAACUAAUUAUACAGCACUUUAUUAUGUUACUAUGCAAAAUAACAGUGAAAUUGCUUCACUCUUAAUUUCACAUGGGGCAGAUGUCAAUGCAAAAAAUAAUUCUGAUUUUACACCACUUUAUAAUGCUGUUAUGAAAAAUAACAGUGAAAUUACUGCACUCUUAAUCUCACAUGGGGCAGAUAUCAAUGAAAAAUAUAAUUCUGAUUUUACACCACUUCAUUAUGCAGCUUUAUGUAAUAGAAGUGAAAUUGCUUCAUAUCUUAUUUUACACGGCGCAGAUAUCAACGCACUCACUGAUAAAUCAAAUACACCUCUAGUCUUUGCAAUUUUAGGUAAUAACAAUGAUACUGCUGAACAACUUAUUUCUCAUGGUGCAAAUAUAAAUUCAAUUGAAAAACAAUCAGGAAAAAGACCAAUUCAUUCUGCUGCUUUACUUAAUAAUAAGCUUAUUACAGAACUUCUAUUCUCUCAUGGUGUAGAUAUUAAUGCGACUGACAAUGCAAAUAUAACGCCUCUUCAUUAUGCUGCAAAGAGCAAUGGUAAAGAAACUGCAGAAUUUCUAAUUAUGAAUGGUGCGGAUGUUAAUGUAAAAUGCAAUGAAAAUAAAACACCACUUCAUUACGCAGUCGAGGUGAAUAACAAAGAAACCAUAAAACUUCUAAUUUCUCAUGGUGCUGAUAUCAAUGCAAAAGAUAAUCUAGAUCAAACACCUCUUCAUUAUGCAGCUAAGAAUAAUAAUAAAGAAAUAGUCGAAUAUCUUAUUUCACAAGGUGCAAUUAUCAACGCAAAGGAUAAUCGUUUGAAAACUCCUCUUCAUUUAGCAGCUAAGAAUAAUAACAAAGAAAUAGCUGAACUACUUGUUACAAACGGUGCAGAUAUUAAUGUACAGGAUAAUCUUAAACAAAGAACGCCUCUUCAUUAUGCAGCCAAAAAGAAAAAUAUAGAAGUAGCAGAAUAUCUGAUUUCUCACACUUCAAAUAUCGACAUACAGGAUGUUUCUGGAAAUACUGCUUUUCACUAUGCCGCUAUUAAUAAUAACUUUGGACUUUCGUGGCUUCUUAUCUCACAUGGAGCAAAUAUUUAUGUGAAAAAUAAUAAUGGAGAAACCCCUGCAGAUUUAGAUAAAUUACAAAAUAGAUCGGAAUAUGAAUUUUUAAGGAACUUUUCUUAA